GUGAGACGUCGAAUCUUCAGCAGCAGCAGCAGCAGCAGCGUCUCUCUGGAUCAGUUGAGUUUUUGUCGCCGGCUCUUUGACGUUAUAGCGGGAUUCCGGAGCUAACGCUAGCUGUUUCGAGCUAACCGGCAGCGGACGAUGAUAAAGUUUGUCGCCGAGCUGCUGCCGCUCGCUUCCGCCUGUCGAGCGUCGAGCUGGAACAUGUUAGCCGUGUUAGCUGCCCUGCUUGGUUAAGAGCUGCGUUUGUGGGUUAGUUUUUGUUUGUUUGUUUGUGUGUGUUUGUUUGUUUUGGCCCCGGCCGGCGGUGAUCGAUGGCUCGGCGGCGGCUGGACAGCCGCAGCGCGGCUCUGUUGUGCGACAUCCAGACGUCCAUCAGCACGGAGCCCAUGGAGACGCUUUAUGACGUCACUGGAGAGCUGGGCAGGGGAAAGUUUGCUGUGGUGAAGCGCUGCGUGGAGAAGAUCACAGGUAAAGUGUUUGCAGCCAAGUUCCUACGGAAGCGGCGGCGAGGUCGCGACUGCAGGGCAGAAGUCAUUCAUGAGAUGGCCGUCCUGGAGAUGGCACGCAACAACGCUCGUGUGGUCAAACUAUUCGCUGCUUACGAGACGGACCACGACAUUGUCUUGAUACUGGAAUAUGCCGCAGGUGGAGAGAUAUUUGACCAGUGUGUCUCUGAUGAACUGCUGCCAGAAGUCCACAUCACCCGUCUGAUCAGGCAAACCCUGGAAGGAGUUCACCACCUCCACCAGAGCAACCUGGUGCACUUAGACCUCAAGCCACAGAACAUUCUGCUGACCAGCCUCUCUCCUCCUGGAGACAUAAAGAUCGUAGACUUUGGUCUGGCACGUAGACUGGGCGCGGUUGGAGAGCUGAGAGAGAUUCUCGGCACACCUGAGUAUGUGGCUCCAGAAAUCCUAAAUUAUGAGCCCAUAACAACAGCAACAGACCUGUGGAGUGUGGGUGUGAUCGCCUACAUGCUGGUGACGGGCGAGUCUCCAUUUGCUGGAGCCGACAAGCAGGAGACGUAUCUUAACGUGUCCCAGGUCAACGUGGACUACACCAGGGACGCCUUCUCCAGGGUGUCGGAGCUGGCCAUCAAUUUCAUCCGCAAGCUGCUGGUCAAAGCGCCCGAGGACCGGCCCAGCGCCGCGGAGUGCCUGAGCCACCCGUGGCUGUGGCAGCUGCAGCUGUACCAGAGCCCAGAACCCGCCACUCCCCGCUCCGCCCGCGAGAGGAGCUGCGGCACCAAGUGGGCAGCUUCACCCGAAAACCUGGAAGACAAGGAGAACUUCCUGCAGUCACUCCACUCUCAAGCGAAAAGGUUCCGCUACGACGAGGAGACGAUUUCUGUCGGAGACGGUGAUAUUUGAAAUGGGAAAAAAAAAAGACAGAGGGGAGGGAGCGGAGGGUAAGGCGGGCUCGCCCGCUCCUUCCACAAGGCUUUUAUUUCUUUUAAGCAUUCAGAAAAGUAGCACAGCGACGGAACUAAACCUUCUUUACUAACACAGACCGCUCAAACCAAAGAUAACCAGCUAUUUAGUCUGUUUGGUCUUUUUUUUGACUGUUUCACUGUCACAGCAUGUUAAAGAGUUCAAAUCAUGAUGAUGAGCUCCCGCAGCCUGGUGUUGGCUGUAGUUCCGGGAGGACCAGUCUGUAGGAGUUAACGGCACGUUUUGUCAGCGGGUCUGGUUUUAAUAACCAGAGCUGCAAUGACUCAACCCCGUCUGCACUUGUCCCUCAAGUCAGCACCCAAAAAAAGAUGAUUUGAUUUCAAGUGUUGCGUGUCUAUUUUACGUUAGUCAAAUCAGUCUUUGAAGAGAGGCUUUGACACUAUGGUACAGUUUGUACAGUGAGGCUCAAGUGAGGGGAACCACCAAGAUAACACCGAGUUGCAAACUCUGGCUGUGAUUGGAGAAAUGGUGCGUGCAACAACUUCCACUGAGCCGCUUAAAGUUUCCCUUAAAUCACGAGGGAUCCUCGAACAAAGACUUGAUGCAUCUUCUUGACCUUGAGUGUCAGUGGGAGCAGUUGGCAUGCCGGUUUUCACUAGACGUGGUCGGAAUACCCCUCGAGUGAGUGUCUCCAGAUAACCACACGUUGAAGCAGAUUGGUCAAAGUUGUCAAUAUAGUCCAAAAGGUGCAUUUUUAAAGCAGAUCUCCAGAACGUAUGGUGCUACAGAGACAUGUAUUUGUAAACAAAUGGUUUGAUUGCCUUUAUGAUGUCAUCAUGUUUGUCUCAGUACUGUGUACCACAGUUUUAAGUUCUUCAUAUUUCACUUGACUGAAGGCCAAAAGAUACUGAACACUUGAAAUCAGAAGUUCAAGACGUGCUGGUAAUUCCUGCACCGUGCACAUGAUCAUUACAGAUGCUCAUCUCGUUUUUUUUUGUUUUUUUUUUAACUGUUAACGUCCAAAUAUGGGCCAAGCUAAUGAUAUAUUUUGAUGCCUAACGUUGAUUUGUAACUGUUGAUAUUUGUGUCAGCUCAUGUGUUCACCUUCAGUUUCAAACUCUGCUCGUGUGAUGCAGUUCUGUGCAAAAGCAGUUCAAGCUGUCGGACAUCAACAGCGAGUUUUGGUUGGUGCCGCCUAGCUAAGGUUUAGCUCGUUAAACCCACUGCUGCUCGCUGUGUUUUACUUCCUCUUUUCAAAAUAAUCACACAGUCCUCACAUUCACAGGUCGUUUUUUGUGUAAAUAAGAUUUUAAUCUUAGCUCAGGGUUUUAGAUAACUGGUUUUAAUAACUCCAACCCGCGUCGGGACCCUUUGAAUUGAACACGCUGUUUGUUUAGUGAGUUGAUCUUAUUGUUGGGUUAUAUUUAUAAAAGGAGACCUGAAGUGAAAUGGUGUCAUGGCAUUAUAAAGCAGGACGAGCGUGUGGCGUCUCAGACAGCAGUGACUCAUCCCGUCUAUUGCAGAGCCGCAUCUUAACUCGAGUGAUUUCCUGAAAGACCCGUCACUUCCUCUUUGCCAGAAGAGGAACGUUGUUUUAGCACUUGCGUAAUAAGCACAUAUUGAACCAAGAAGCAAAGCUGAACUAUUUGGGGUUUUUUUUGUACAUUUCAGUGUCUGGGAGCUUUAGUCUAGCUCACCCUGUCACCAAAGUUACCUGGUGUGAUGUCAUAAAGCCUCUGGCUGCUCUGACAGCCCUCUCACAUUUGUGCUGGACUCUCUUAUGUGUACGUAAAUGUUGCGCUUGUCUCCUACAAGAGGUUAGAGGUCAUGGUGUGUUAUUUAAAUGAUUAAAGGAUCGUUUUGGUUGCCAGGUGAUGAAUGAUAAAUGGAAAAGUUGAAAGUGUGGAUUUGGUUUGAUGGUGGAACUGUGAUGUUUGAAGUGGAGAGACGAGUCAUUUUGAUUUAAAUUUUCAGUGGAAUUUUGAAAUGUUGGACAGAAAGCUUUUUGGACAAUGAAGCAAGAGACAGAUGGAGGCGACACAAAGGCACACGUGACACUAAACCGCCGUCUAAUGUGAAGUACGAGGUGCUGAUUUACGCCACGGUUUGCUGGCAGCUCUGGUGCUGAUUAAACAUUCUCUUUGUCAUUGUGAGGCAUCAAAACCAAGAGCACAGUGUGUGUUCGUUGUUCUGAAGGGUCGCACGAGCAGCCACCAGCCAGCGCCGUUGCCUCUGUGUGGGAGCCGUGCACCUCCAGACACGGCCGUGCACGAGCGUGUGCUGUCAUCCUGUAAAAACUGGAACACCACACUAAAAAGAUUCCCAUCUUCAGAUUUUUAAUGUCAUAAGAUCGUAGUGUUUUUGUUGCGGUAAGAAAUUAAGUUUGAAACUUCACAUUUUUAAUGCGUGCAGAAAACUUUUGACAACUUUUUCAUCUCAACAUAAGCAGAAAUGACACAACGCCGCGCAGGAAGUUUCUCAAGAUGGAAUUUCUCAAGCUGGCUUGUGUACAUACGUGAAGCUGCUGCCUUCCUGCUGCUGUGGGAAACAAUGAUUUUGACUUGACAUGGUAUUUUUACUUUGAAGUUUGGUUCUUUUCUUUGCAGUGCAGUGAUGUCACUCGACCCAUCAGGAUGAUGGGAACGCUUGAAUCAGUCGGACAAAGGCCGCUUGUUUGCUGCUAUUGUUUCAAUCCAAUGAGAUUUACUAUGCCGCUGUUUUUUUUUUUUUUUGUGCAGCUGUCAGUCAUGCUGUUGUUCUUGCGCACCGACUGAUGUCACAUUAUUUUGACCACAGCGACACUGAUGGAUACUGUCAACCCCCAACCAACCACAAGCACAAAAAAAACUUUGAGAUGUUUGUCUAUUUUGCAUUUUAUUGUAUUUUUUAAUGUUAUGAGCAUUUUGAUUGCAUUUGAAAUGGAAAAAAAAAAAUCUAUAUUGUAUUCUGAUCAACAGCAGGCUAAUAACUUACGCACUACAAAGCAAACUGAGAAAGCUCAUUAAAGAUUGUAGAGUAUU